GGGAGGGGAGUCGUGCAUGUGUGCGCGUGUGUGGCAGAGACAGUGCGUGUGAAAUUUGGUGAAGACUGUGUGCGUAUGUUAGGAUGUCUUGGAGGAAAAUGGGAGGGCAGGUGCAAUGAUUCUUGGGGGGACUGCAGGGUCGGGACGCCCAUGGUAAGCUGUGGGGUGCAGUGGGUGAAUGAAUUGUGGGAGUGUAAGAAUUGCGAAUGUGUGUGUUUCCAGGUGGGUGGCUUUAUGGGGUUUUCCGGGGGCCCUCAGCAUGAGGAUGGAGGAACGUUUGGGGGUACUGAUUGCUCCUGAGGAGUGAGUGUGGUCUGGGGCAUUGAGUAAUGGACAGGGCAAGUGUUUGGGGCAUGGCCCAAAGUAAUUUGGGAAUCACAUCGGCCCCUUUGCUUUGAGGGCUGGGGAGAUGUGCGGAUGGGGCCAGAGGGAUGGGCCUGCCCCUUGCUGGGGGAGCAGUGGGCAGGGUUCCUGCUUCCCGUGGAGGGAGCUGCUCCCUCACCAGAUACCCUCACCCAGGCUCUGUGCCCAUUCCUGCCUGGCUGGCUUCCGCUGGUGGUCCUGCGAGAACAUGGUGCAGAAGUACCAGUCUCCUGUCUGCGUCUACAAGUACCCAUUUGAGUUGGUCAUGGCGGCCUAUGAGAAGCGCUUCCCCACCUGCCCGCAGAUCCCCGUCUUCCUGGGCAGCGAGGUCCUACGCGAGUCCCGCAGCGCUGAUGGGGCGGUGCACUUGGUGGAGCGGAGCUGCCGGCUGCGGGUGGAAGCCCCGCGGCUGUUGCGGAAGAUUGCAGGCGUCGAGCACGUGGUCUUCGUGCAAAGAAACGUCUUGAACUGGAAGGAGAGGACUCUCCUCAUCGAAGCGCACAACGAGACCUUCGCCAGCCGCGUGGUGGUCAAGGAGAACUGCAGCUACACGGUCCACCCUGAGAAUGAAGACUGGACAUGCUUUGAGCAGUCUGCCUCGCUUGACAUCCGGUCCUUCUUUGGCUUUGAAAGUGCCUUGGAGAAGAUCGCCAUGAAGCAGUACACAGCCAACGUCAAGAGGGGGAAGGAGGUGAUCGAGCAUUACCUGAAUGAGCUCAUCUCCCAGGGCACCUCUCACAUUCCCCGGUGGACACCUGCCCCAGUCCCAGAGGAGGACACCCACUCCCAGGCUGGGCUGAGGGAUCCUGGCUCCCUGGAGGUCUGCGGGCCUGGUAGCGCCCAGGGCCCUGCUCCCGAGAUGGUCAGUACUGAUGGGGACAAGCUGGAUGCAGACUACAUUGAGAGGUGCCUGGGCCAUCUCACACCCAUGCAGGAGAGCUGCCUGAUCCAGCUGCGGCAUUGGUUGCAGGAGACCCACAAAGGCAAGAUCCCCAAAGACGAGCACAUCCUUAGGUUCCUGCGGGCUCGAGACUUCCACCUGGACAGGGCCCGUGAGAUGCUGUGCCAGUCCUUGAGCUGGCGAAAGCAGCACCAGGUGGACCUCCUCCUUCAGACCUGGCGACCCCCUGCCCUCCUGGAGGAGUUCUACGCAGGGGGCUGGCACUACCAGGACAUAGAUGGCCGCCCCCUGUACAUCUUGCGUCUGGGCCACAUGGACACCAAGGGCUUGAUGAAGGCCGUGGGAGAGGAGGUGCUGCUGCAGCAUGUUCUUUGCGUCAAUGAGGAAGGACAGAAGCGGUGUGAAGGGAACACAAAACAGUUUGGCCGUCCCAUCAGCUCCUGGACCUGCCUGGUGGACCUGGAGGGUCUCAGCCUGCGGCACCUGUGGCGGCCAGGGAUAAAGGCCUUGCUGCGCAUGAUCGAGGUGGUGGAGGACAAUUAUCCUGAGACCCUGGGCCGGCUGCUCAUCGUGCGAGCCCCCCGCAUCUUCCCUGUGCUCUGGACGCUGAUCAGCCCCUUCAUCAAUGAGAACACCAGGCAGAAGUUCCUCAUCUACAGUGGCAGCAAUUAUCAGGGUCCCGGAGGCCUUGUCGACUACCUGGACAAAGAAGUGAUCCCCGACUUCCUCGGGGGAGAGUGCCUGUGUAACGUCCCUGAAGGAGGGCUGGUCCCCAAGUCCCUCUACCUGACAGAAGAGGACCAGGAGCACAAAGACCAGCUGCAGCAGUGGAGAGAGACCUACCAGUCGGCCAGCGUGCUCCGCGGGGCCCCCCAUGAGGUCGCAGUGGAGAUUCUGGAGAGGGAGUCAGUCAUCACCUGGGACUUUGACAUCCUGCAAGGGGACGUGAUAUUCAGUCUGUACCACACCAAGCAGGCUCCCAAGCCGGGCCCCCGGGAGCCUGGUGCCAGGGCUGGCGGGCAGCUGACAGACAAAGGCUGGGCCCUGGGUGCAGAUUACAGCCGUGUGGAGGCUCCCCUCAUCUGCCGGGAAGGGGAGAGCAUCCAGGGCUCCCACGUGACCCAGUGGCCUGGCGUCUACCUGCUCCAGUGGCAAAUGCACAGUGCCCCUGGCCACAUGGCCUGCAGCCUCCCGGGCGUGGAGGAUGUCCUGAUGGCCCUGCACAGCCCUGGCCCCAGGUGCAAACUCCUCUACUACUACGAGGUGCUGGCGUCUGAGGACUUCAGGGGCUCCAUGUCCAGCCUGGAAUCCUGCACCAGCCGCUUCUCCCAGCUCAGCGCCACCACCUCCUCCUCCGGCCAGUCCCACAGCAGCUCCCUGGUCUCCAGAUAGUCAGGACCGAGCCCUGCGGGGCAGCCUGCUCGCCUCCCACAUCCACAAGUAUCCACGAGGCCUGGGACCAUGUGGGCUGCAGCCCUGGAUCUGGACAUAGCCAAAGUCGGGCUGGCUGGAGCCCUGUGGGCUCUUGAAGUGGUGAGAACAGAAUCAUCUCCGAUGGGGCUUUGCGUACGAAAAGCCAAGGGGUGGGCUAACCACGUUCAGGUCUGGGGGCUCAGGGAUGUCAUCAGGCUCAGUGCCCCCCUGCACCCUGCCACCUCUGGCUCUGCUUCCCUGGGGUGGCCUCCUUCUCAGGGGCCUCCUAAGACUAUUGGGGUUCCCCCCAUAAGAAGCAGGAAUGUUGGGUGUUCGCCAUAGCGUCUAAACCCGUAGCGAUGCCCUGGGUCCCAGGAUAUGCUGGUGAGCAGUUAUUUGAGUUACAGGCCCCACUUUGUGGGGGAGCCGCCUACCCUGGACUUGAAGUUCAUUUUCCCAGCACAUGACUGGGCAGGCCUAACCCUGACCACCCCUGACUUGAAGAGGGUGGGAAGGCCCAGGUUUUCUGCUGAGUUCCAGGCAGUGAUAAAGCGGCUCUGGCUAUCUUUAUACUCUCUGGUGGUCCCUUUACUCUCCUGGGAAUCUGUUUAAUUGAAAGUUUUUUGGUUGUAAGUCACCUCCCAGUGGCUUAAACAAAAAAGGGUGACCAAUCAUGGGUGCAUGUAACUGGCCAGUGUAGGAGGACUUGCUUCAGGUAAGGCUGGAUCCAGGCUCUCAAUGUGUCAUCAGGACUCCCCUGUGGAGUGGGGGCUAUGACUUUGUUGCAGCUGCCCUGGGGCAAAUCUGACCCCCAGAACCAGCUCCAAUAUUGAAAGACUUUCCCCGAGUUCCUGCAUGGGAGGGGUGUGGGUCUCCUUGGGGUCUGAGGACAUUUCUCCUUUCAUUUCCUGGGCCUGCAAAAAGGCAACAGGUCAGAGGUCACCACUGGCAGCCUGCAGUCUGAUCUGGCCUGCUUUUAAUUUUUUUUUUUUUUUUUUUGCGGUACGCGGGCCUCUCA